AUGAAAUUCGGGAACACACAGAGAUUACUACUCAUGAUGGUUUUGGUUAUUCUGUAUUUUCUAGUCGAAUUGGUUACUGGAUACGUUGUUCAUUCCCUAGCUUUGGUUGCGGAUUCGUUCCAUAUGCUCUCAGAUUUUAUUGCGCUUUGUGUUGGAGUGGCCGCUUCUAGGAUCGCCAAAUGGCCUCGAUCUUCAAAAAACACUUUUGGAUGGCAGCGUGCAGAGGUGGUUGGCAGCCUUGUCAACACCAUUGUUCUUGUUACUCUAUGUUUUACCAUAUUCAUCGAUGCGAUUGAGCGCUUCGUUGAGCACGAGCCGAUAAAGGAUCCUCAAAUAAUGGUGUAUGUUGGGGUUGGUGGUCUUGUCAUCAACAUGCUUGGCCUACUUGUUAUUGGAGGUCAUUCGCACUCGCAUGAUACCCCUGCUCUUACGAUGGAUAUCGAAGACGUAAAUAUUGAGGCCGGCAUCAACGAACUCGAAUACAACCUUGUUGAAAGUAAACCAGAAACAGGAGAGGCCGCGGAACCCAUCCCAAACGGCAAUCUGGGGUCUUACGAAGUAGUCGAUUCUGAGUACGAUCCUGGCAAUGACGCAGACAAGAUGCCCAAAUACUGCUUCUGCUUCCGAAGGAUGCGUAAACUGCGCCGGUCUUCUGAGAAGGAUUUGGGGCAUGAAAACUGUCACCUUGCACCCUGCUCCAACACUGCCAUAAGGAAACCCCACAAAGAAGGGCACUCCAUGAAUAUGCGAGCCGUGUUCCUUCACGUCUUUGCCGACUUUCUCGGCUCAAUCAUCGUAGUGGUGAGCGCGCUGAUUCUCUGGCAAGCGCCAGGUGAUCCUACCAAACCGGAGAACAGAUGGAAGCUCUUCAUCGAUCCGGCAAUGAGCAUAAUCAUGGUCAUCAUAAUUCUGUAUUCUACACUGCCGUUAUUGUACAAAGCUGCACUCAUUCUCCUUCAAUCCGUUCCUAAGGAGAUUUGUAUUAGAAACCUGAAAAAUCGACUCGAAAAGAUCGAUGGCAUCGUUCGAGUGCAUGAUUUGCACGUUUGGAAGCUGCAAACCAACUGCAUCAUUGGAACUGUGCAUCUCCGUGUCCGCAGUUUACCGGAGUACACGAUAGUGGCUCGACGGGUGAAACAGUUGUUUCACGAAUACAAUAUCCACUGUACCACCAUCCAACCAGAAUUUGAAGAUAAUAUAGAGCAAAAUCCCGAGACCUGUCUCUACGACUGUGGACCGAAUCAGAAAUGCUGCUCCGACUCCUGCUGCCCACAGCUGCCCGAUGUGGGUGCCUCAGGGAAUGAUGCUCACGCCAAUGUCAACACCUCACCUGUGCCUGUCCUCCUCCAGACCUCCAAAAACGAUGUCCCUGUCUUCACCACUACCAAUCUCGCAAAUGCGGUUGCUGAUAGCACACAGAAAACCAGUCCCAUUGAGUUGAACCGGCUCCAGGCACAGAACGAGCCCUCUCUUGCGACGGUACAAGAGCUACCGGAAGAGUGCCUUAUUAACUGCGGUCUGGGUCGCAGUGUAGAUUGUAGACGACGCUGUUGCCCAAGCGUUGGCAGAAAGGUAAAGAAGACGAAUUCCACUCUCAGAACUCUGGACGAAAGCACUGCAUCGGACGCGACGUCUUUCAAAGACUAUGAUGAUCAGACUCCCGUCUAA